UGCACCAAAAUGUUGGAGACAUAACUGGAAAUGAAAAGAAUCUGGAAGGACGAAGACGCCUUCAGGAAAAAUUAGAUGAAAUGGCAGUUACUGCAGCCCAGCAAGGGUUCUGUGAUGUUACCUGCUUUAGUGAUGUUAUCCAAUUUGAUGUGAAUACCCACAUUCAUUACUUUCCUCACCUCUGGGAAGGAAAUCCACCGAUGGCACCUCCAAAACCCAGUUACAGUCAAAGAGUGCGGGAACUAAAGAGGGAGAUUCUCAUGGCUGCCAAAGAAAAAUCUGAACAUAGUUUUCUAAAACUGUCAGAAUUAAAAACAUGACCUCAGGACCUGGGGGAGGCUUUGUUAAAUGAGAAUUUUGUAUUCAGCUUUAAAAAUACACAAGAGAUUAUUGUAUACAGCAGACUGGAAAACAACUAUAACAAAUGGACCUGGGAACUGAUUCAAUGGAAAAAAAAUAUUAAAACAAAAAUGAACUUUUUCAGACUAGAACUGAUUGACAAAAUUUGUCAAAAGGGUCAAGAACCUAUCAAUCUAAAGAAUUGUCAAAGUAGUUUUGAACAAAGGAAAUCAACUUAUAAAGAUGAGUUGCUUAGAAAAAGCAAGGAGUUGGCCCGACAUUUCAGAGAUAAGGAAUUGAGUGAAAGUGAGCUUAGCGAUCGCUUUAUCAGAAUGUGGAAUGAAUGGGUGAUUGAGGUGUCCUCUGCUGCCCCUCGUGUUGAGGAGCCCAAUUUUAAUGCUGAUCUGGAGAUUUUCCUUUACAAUCAUUUUAGAUCAGAACACAAUAUAAGAAACAGGAUUAUAACAUCCUCUGAAUGGACUCAUUUUCCUCUGAACCCUUCUGAGCACAUCUCAAUGAAGAGGCAAUGGUAUAUACUGAAGAUGAAAACUACUAAAGAAUGUGAUGUUGAGAAUUUAAAGACAAUGGCAGCACACCUAGAGCAUCAUGUCUAUGAAUACAUUGAGAACAAAGCGAGCGAGAUAAUGAAUUACACUUCCAGUUACUUUCAUGAAAUAGUGGAGUUAAUAAGCAAAGAGUUGGAAUCGGAUUCAGAGGAUGACAAUUUUACAUUAACACGCUCAUACAAAGUGGAUGUCUCUCUAUGUUUAUGCCAAAUGGCCACAAGAAAGUUUAGCGAGACAUUCAAAGCAUUCCAGAAAUCAGAUGAUCCAGUCCAGUAUCUUGAAAGUAAGAGAGAGGGAUUCUUUACCUCUUUUAAAAUCGCCUGCCAAGGGGCAACAUCCAUCACAACUUUUGCUGAUAUUUUAUGCAGCAAUCUUAAAUCUGCUAUCUGCCAUGCAGUCUAUGACAAGACUGCCAUUGACAUAGCAAGUGAGAUGAGGUCAGACUAUCCAGCCUUCAAUGGCAAUAGAAGCAAACUGGAACCGUUCAUGCUGGGCUGUCUUUUAAAGCAGGAAGAUUUUGAAAAAUAUCAACAUGCCUCGUAG